AUGGCCGACGAUGGAGGAGCAUCGGUUUCUGCAUCUCUUCCCAGCAGCCUGGCGGCAUCACCGUUGUCGCCUCUGCCGACCGAAGCCCUGUCGCCUGUCAAUCCUGAAGGGCAGUCGGCUCUCUCGCCGUGUUCCACUGCCAUCCUGCAGUCCUCCAUCUCAAUGACCCCGCGAUCCCUACCCGCUACCACCCCUCCUGUGCCGACAAUCAUGCCAGGCGUCAUUGGGCGCCUUUUCCUCUUCGUCUUCCAUGCUGUGCCCAGUUUUCUGUACUGGGUCAUCACCUUUACCACCAUCACGCUGCCAACCGGGCUGUUUACGCUCUUUUCCAUGAGCCUGACGUUCACGAUGAACUUUACGACCCUUCGUCUGCCCCCCGAACCGCAGCGAAAAGAACCCCAGAUCGACCUGUUUCCCGAUACACAGGAAGGGGACUCGAAGCCCGGAUUGGCAAACUAUCUGGAUGAGUUCCUCAGUGCCAUCAAGAUCUUUGGCUAUCUGGAACGGCCGGUGUUCCACGAAUUGACCCGGACGAUGCAGACCAGAAAGCUCAUGGCUGGCGAGACAUUGCUGCUGGAGGAAGAAAAGGGGUUUUGUCUGGUCGUGGACGGGCUGGUGCAGAUCUUUGUCAAAUCCAUGCGGGGGAACAACAUCAACACCGACGAGUCAUUGGAUGGCACCGCCGUCGAGUCCUCCGAUGAUGAAGACGAACCGAAUCAUGCCCAAGGUAACCAGGGAUAUCAGCUGCUGACAGAAGUCAAGAAUGGUGCGCCCAUGUCGUCGCUGUUCUCCAUCUUGACCCUCUUCACCGAGGAUAUCAAUCUGCGUCACACCGACGAGAGCGAGCCCAACGGCGGACCCCGGAUGCCGGAGUCCAUGCCCACCAGCCCGAGAGCGUUCGUGAGCCACUCUCGUCCAGUCUCGCGGGAUCACCCCGAUUCCGCUGGCCACGUGGAUUCCUUGCCUACGGUCCCGCCUUUGAACCUGGAGGAGGAACACCAAACCAGUCCCAAUCACCACGAACAGAGACAGUCGUCCAGGCAUCGGAGAAAGGAGUCGGUCCAUCCCGAUAUCGUGGCUAGGGCCUUGGUCGACACCACAAUUGCAAUCAUACCGGCCAGCGCAUUCCGGCGUCUGACGAGGGUGUACCCCCGCGCGACGGCCCACAUCAUCCAAGUCAUCCUCACGCGUUUGCAGAGAGUGACGUUCUCCACCGCACACUCGUAUCUGGGACUGACCACGGAAGUGCUCAGCAUCGAGAAGCAGCUGAACCGAUUCACCGCGUUCGACUUGCCCAACGAUUUGCGGGGCGGUGCGCUCGAUCGACUCAAGGACAAGUUCAGGCAGGAGAGGGAGCGUCUGGGCCCGGAGGAGGGAUCGGAGGGAAUCGCGCUGCACAACCCUUCGGCCGGCCGAAGACGGCGAUCGAGCAGUUCCUUAAGAAAGGACGCCGCUCUUCAGGCCAAGAUUGCCGCCUCCCGACGUCAGAUCUCCUUAACCUCCUUCCCCGAACCAUACGAAACGAGCGGUGUCAGCCCCGGAGACCUUCUGUCGACGAUUCAGCUUUCAAGAUACGGACCUCGUUACAAUCAGCCUCCCAAAACUCCUCCACAUGGACCGUCAUCCCGGAGAACUCCUCUCGCUCAGUCAGAGCGUCCGCCGUUCCAGCCACCUUCCUACGACUCUCCCUUCCAUCGGAAGGAGACUGUCGACGAGGAUAGUCUGUUUCGAGAGUCCAUUCUUGAUUGUAUGAUGAAAGGGAUUGGUCUGACUUCCAGCACCCGGGAUGCGCUCCGGAAGAGCUACUCGGGCGAGGCGUCACCGAAAUUGGUAUCAUACGAUUCCCGGAAGCAAAAGGCUGUUUUCAACAACGCGUUCGGGUUUAUCGAUCCGUACGACGACGCUGAUUCCGAGUCGAUGAUGUCUAUGUCUGUAACGAGCGCGGGGGGAACUUCUCCUCUUCUCAAUCUGAAGGAAGAACUGCGAAGCGAGAUCGAAAUCGUCUCGUUUCCCAAGGGCUCGGUCCUGGUGGAGCAAGGAGAGCGGAACCCGGGUCUCUACUACGUGAUUGAUGGCUUCCUGGAUGUCGGGGUGCCCGUCGACGAACGGGGCGAGGAUCUCGUAGGGUCGUCCCAGUCGGGCCGUCAACAGCCGCACGAAGAAUUUUUCCCGCCUCUGAGACGGAACGCGACCAAUACAUCUCGCACGUCGAGCGCUGCGGACUCAAAACGGAAGAAGCAGUCUCGACGCUCGCUCUACCUGAUCAAGCCGGGUGGCAUUCAAGGCUACCUGGGGUCUGUCGCAUCAUAUCGGUCAUUCACGGAUGUGGUCGCCAAGACAGAUGUCUACGUCGGUUUCCUUCCACGAGCGGCUCUCGAACGGAUCGCUGAGAGAUAUCCUAUUGUGUUGUUGACGCUGGCCAAGAGGCUGACCAGCGUACUACCUCGUUUGAUCCUGCACAUCGACUUUGCUCUCGAAUGGGUGCAGGUGGGCGCUGGCCAGGUGAUCCACCACCAAGGAGAUGAGAGUGACGCCAUCUACAUUGUGCUGAACGGUCGUCUACGGUCCGUUGUGGAAAAGCCGGAUGGCAAGAUGAGGGUGUUGGGGGAGUAUGGUCAAGGAGAGAGCGUCGGAGAGCUCGAGGUCAUGACUGAGUCUACACGGCCUGCGACGCUUCACGCGAUCCGAGACACCGAGCUGGCCAAAUUCCCUCGAACGCUCUUCAACAGCCUGGCCCAAGAGCAUCCAGGCAUUACCAUCCAGAUCUCGAAGCUCAUCGCCCAGCGCAUGAGAGAUCUCGUCGACGAUGCGUUGACGGAGAAGAGCGGCGCGCCCAGCGAUGCCGGCACCAUGAAGACGGCCACGUCCAUCGUCAACCUCCGGACCGUGGCCAUCCUUCCUGUCACGGCGGGCGUACCUGUCGUCGAAUUCGGCAACCGACUUCUGAACGCGUUCCAGCAGAUCGGAGUGACCAACGGAGUGACGUCGCUCAAUCAGGCAGCGAUUCUCAACCAUCUGGGACGGCACGCGUUCAGCAAGAUGGGCAAGCUGAAGCUGUCGCAGUAUCUCGCCGAUCUGGAGGAGAAGUACGGAAUGGUGCUGUACAUCGCAGACACCAGCGUCAACGCUCCGUGGACACAAACCUGCAUCACGCAGGCGGAUUGUAUCCUGCUCGUAGGGUUGGCAGAGGGGUCGCCCGCCAUUGGCGAGUUCGAGCGGUUCCUGCUGGGCAUGAAGACGACGGCCCGCAAGGAGCUGGUGCUGCUGCACUCGGAGCGGUAUUGUCCCCCAGGAGUGACGAGGAAGUGGCUGAAGAAUCGCAUGUGGAUCAACGGCGGCCACCAUCACAUCCAGAUGUCGUACCGUCUAACGACGGAACCAGCACAUCCACAAACCAAGCGCUUCGGGACGGCGCUGAAACAGCGAGUGCAGGUCAUCCAGGCCGAGAUCCAGAAAUACACGUCGCGACGCAUCCGCCAGACUCCUCUGUAUUCAUCGCAGACGCCAUUCAAGGGGGACUUCCAUCGGCUGGCGCGUCGGUUGUGCGGCAAGUCCGUCGGUCUUGUACUAGGUGGUGGCGGCGCACGCGGCAUUGCCCACGUGGGCGUGAUCAAGGCACUGGAAGAGGCGGGAAUUCCGAUCGAUAUCAUCGGCGGCACGUCUAUUGGCGCUUUUAUUGGGGCGUUGUAUGCUCGGGACGCGGACGUGGUGCCGAUGUAUGGCCGGGCAAAGAAAUUUGCGGGUCGUAUGGGCAGUAUGUGGCGGUUUGCGCUGGAUGCGACGUAUCCGUUGGUUUCGUACACGACUGGACACGAGUUCAACCGGGGAAUUUUCAAGACGUUUGGCGACAGUCAGAUUGAGGAUUUCUGGAUUGAGUUUUACUGCAACACGACCAACAUCAGCAAGUCGCGCAACGAAUUUCAUUCCUCGGGAUAUGUCUGGCGCUACGUGAGGGCGUCGAUGUCGUUGGCCGGUCUGCUGCCGCCUCUUUGCGACGAGGGCAACCUGCUCCUGGAUGGUGGUUACUUGGACAAUUUGACAGUGGCUCAUAUGAAGAGUCUGGGGGCGGAUGUCAUCCUGGCAGUGGAUGUUGGUGCGGUGGACGACAACACGCCACAGACGUACGGAGACUCGCUGUCGGGAUUCUGGGCGUGGCUGAACCGAUGGAACCCGUUCUCGUCGACGCCAAACCCGCUGACGCUGUCGGAGAUCCAGGCGCGGUUGGCGUACGUGUCGUCGGUGGACAAUCUGGAGCGGGCCAAGAUCACGCCGGGAUGUCUGUACAUGCGGCCGCCGAUCGACCGGUACGGGACGCUGGAGUUUGGCAAGUUUGACGAGAUCUACGAGGUUGGAUAUCAAUAUGGGAAGGAGUAUCUGGAGCGGCUGAAGAACGAGGGCAGUCUUCCAGUUCCGGAGGAGACGACCGAGGAGAAGAAGUUACGAAGGACGAUGGCCCCGAGGAGGGCUAGCAUAUAA